UGGAGCUAAUUUUCAGGGGAGAAAAAAAGAAAAAGAUUUUGAUUCAAAACUUAGGUAGGAGUAAAUCAAAAGUAAUUUUAAUGAUAAAAGGGGAAGCAAUAUAAUGUCAUAAUCAUCAUGAAUCUUUGAAUGGAUUUCGGAGUGCUAUUGGUAUCUUUUUUUUCCUUCCCAAACAAACGAGGGUAAAGUCAAUUGGUAGCAUUUUAUUUAUUUCUGUUACCAUCACUUCUUUAUCACUGUCUGCUAAAUGUUGAAAUUUGGGAGGGUUGUUAGGGACCUACCAAUUUCUUUAGUGAAAUCCUUAGGCAAGGUAUAUCUCAUAUGGCUCAACCCUUCAUAUACGUUUCAUGGAUUCCAAUACAUCAGGAUUUUAUAUACCAUCUGAUCUUCCUAUUGAGUGGACCAAACCUGAUGAUGACACCCUUUGACACUAUUGAUGCCGUGAGUCUAUAAAUGGACUAGAAAUAGUAGUGAAAUGAUCUCUAAUUACAGAAUGCAUCUGCUUGGAAAGCUGAAGGUGACCAAAAACAUUGAGUCUUAUACAGGGAAAAUUCCAGGAUUUGGUAUUUUUCCUUUCGGUGGGUGCUUUGAUGGGUGUCGUGAUCACACUCAGGCUUCAGGAUUUGGCACAAGAAUCUGGAACCUGAGUGACAGGCCUGUGGAAUUGCAAAUAAGGGUGGGAUCAAUACUCAAAAAGGUUCAUACACUGAAGCCUGGUUCUUCAAAAAGGCUGAAAUGCAAGAGCAUAUACAAGGCUCAUAUGCCGGGUAAGAGUGGGAGCUCGAGUGCUCACAGCGGUACGAAGAGCUUUUUAUAUUACUAUGAUGAGACUUGUCACCCUUAUAUUUGGAUAAAUGACACUGGUUGUGAUUCAUUAAGGAUGGUAAAGCAACAGUAUAUCAGUCUGGAGGACCUGAGGGAUUAUUCUGAGAUCAGAAUUUUCAGGGAUCAUCAAAGAGGCUGUGUAUCAGUUCGCAAAAAACCAAGGCCGGAUUUUUGCUGAACUCUUGUUUGUUAUUUAUUUAUUUUGGUAAAGGAAUUGAUGGGUUGUUUUUUUUUUUUUCUUCCCUUUUUAACUUCUUCAACCUUUGAUCUUAAUUUGGUUUGCCUUUGCCAUUAUGCAGUAUUGUAGCUAGUAUUAGCUUUUGGAUCUGUUUUUCACAGUUUAGUCCAAUUAUCUGGAAACACUUUAUAUGCUAUAUAUUGGAAUUGGACUAUCAUAUUGUGUUUGUAACCAUUUUUGACAGAGUUUUGACUGUUGAAAAUGGAAGUGAUUAAGUUACAUUUUUG